AUGGCGGAGGAUAUUGCAGCAUUCACCAUCGACCAAUGCAGGGCCCGCCAGAAGGUACUGCGCUUUAAGAUAACCGGAUGCUGCACCCGUAUGCGGAAAGUUAUAACCAACAAGCUUUCACGCCGUGAAGCCACGCGCCUCCUGGAUGAGGCUCGCACCCUCCUUGGUGAUUCCGGCCCGAUUAAUGACCGUUUAUUGGAGCUGUUGGAGGAGGCUGAAGGAGAGCAACAACAAGAAGCCUUCCUGCGUUACGGAGGAGAUGUUGACGGAGUUGCGGACGAGGUGGCUGCUUAUAUCUCUAGCCGAGAGGGGGAUUCAGCUUCCGUCCCUGGAUGGGAUCCUACAGAUCCGGAAGUAAUCGCAGCCCGACAACGAGCCCAAGACGCCACGAAGGUUUACGAGGAGGCCGCCAAAGCAGCCGAAGAAGCAUUGAAGGAGAUGGAGGCAGCAAAGCAGUCCGUUCAGGACCUAGGGGAGGAGAAGGACUUAAAUGGAGAUCGAGAGGACGAUUUUAAGUCGAUUAUCUCCGUACCCCCGUACAAACCGGUAGCACGAGUUCAUGCUCCGGAUGAAUGGAUCACCAACUAUUGCAGUGGAAGAGAGAAGCCCUUCGUUUAUUCCGGUGAUCAUCGCCAUACAUCGGUUCGAGUUGAUUUGGAGGUUUACUCUGGGCGCGCUCUGGAUUGGUUUGAGUGGAUCGACCUCUUUCACUCACUCGUACACCAGACCGGCAAGGCACCUGGAGAGAAGCUGGCGAUUUUGAAGAGGAACGUACGGGGAGAGACGGCCGAUUUAGUUUACGGAUUAGGUGGAGGUGAGCUGGCCUACAAGGAGUCUCUCCGACGUUUGAAAGAGACAUGUGGCAGCCGUGCAGUUAUCCGUGCAGCACACCUUCAAGCCUUGGAUCGAGUCGAGCCUCCGACGCCCGCUACCUUCCGUAGAUUUGCCGAAAAGGUGAGGACUCACCUCUUCAAUCUCACCUGGAUCGGGGAGACCGGCCAUGCUGAUUUGAUCGAGCGGCUCACGCAGAAACUUCAGCCCCAGGAUCGGUUGCACUGGAAUGACGGCCAGCGUGGAGGAUUGGAGCGGCGCACCAUGAACGAGUUCGGCCACUGGCUAUGUACGCGAGCGGCUGCCUACCAGAAUGCAUACUCCAUUGCCGCCGAACAGCACCAGAAAAGCAACAAUCCAGCUCGGCCACCCCAGACGGGAAACAACCCGCAUCAUCAGAAGAGGCAUUCACGGGCCCACCAGGCCUCCACCAAUCACCGAGCCGGACCGGCUCGAGGGGCUCCUGCCCCUACGCCUCGUGAGGGAACGACACCAGCAUCCAAGCCUCCAUAUUGUUUUAAAUGUGAGGGUGAGCAUCGGUUGGCUGAUUGCCAAUUCUUCAAGAAUAUGCCCGUUGCUGGACGAAUGACCUUCAUCAUGGUGCGUGGCCUGUGUUACUGUUGCUUCGGCGUACGACAUGGAGCUGGCAACUGUAGCUUCAAGAAAGAAUGCGGCAAGGACGGAUGCAAGACGUUCCACCACCCUCUGAUCCACACUGACCGGGGACUUCCGGAGAGAACGGGCACGUCACAUUCCGCCAGAGCAACGUCCGGCACCAUCGCCUUUGGGGUGAUCCGCCUCGACGCCCUGAAUACUGACGGGGAGCUGGUGCCCAUUAAUGUCAUGUUGGACGCCGGGAGCAACACAACUUUCAUCCGUGAGGGAUUAGUUCGUUCGCUACGGAUUUCAGGCGAGCGACAGACACUUCGGAUCCAGGGAGUAGCUGAUGCGGCUUCAACGCAUCCGAAUUCAGAAGAAUUGUUUCUCCAGCUGAAAACGGCCUUCGGUGACAUGGUGACCCUUAAGGGCUCGACCUUAAAGACCGUGACACAGCCAGUUCCCGUGUACAAUUGGGAGCAGCUUCGCCACCGUUGGACCCACCUUAACGACUUGCCGCCGCUACGCAGUUCCGGCGGAAGAAUUGACGUCCUGAUUGGUUUAAACCAUACAACUCUCAUCACACCGACAGAUUAUCGACUUGGAGCCGACGACGAGCCAGCAGCUAUCAAGACCAGGCUAGGAUGGACAAUCCUUGGUGUGCUGGGAUCAGGAUCGACGACGGAGGCCCUCUGCCACCGUGCCUUUGCCUCCUCAGACGUACACAUCACAGCGGAGCUGGUGGAACAACUACGACGGUUCUGCGACACCGAAUCAUUCGGUACCGAGUACCAGGGUGCCGGAAUGUCCACCGAAGAUCGACGGGCAGUCGCGAAGCUGGACGCUGAGACCAAGAAGCUGGAUGUGGGUUACCAGGCCCCAAUUCUCUGGAAGGAUGAAGAGCCUCCAUUGCUGCCCGACAACCGGAGUGUAGCUGAUUCCCGUAUUCGUCCGCUUUUGAACAAAUUUACAAGAGAUCCAGCCUAUGAGAAACACUAUCGAGAGUCGAUGGCCAAGAACUUUGCUGAAGGUUAUGCAAGGCGGCUGUCUACCACAGAGGUCGAGGAGCGGCCAACUCGAUAUUGGCUGCCCCAUUUUGCAGUACCCAAGGUUGCCGGUCGUCCUGAGCUGCGGUUGGUGUUCGACGCAGCUGCCAAGUACCGCGGGAGGAGCCUUAAUGAUUACGUCACACCUGGUCCAGCACUUCAAAAUCCGCUCCCAGCGGUAAUUCUGCACUUCCGGGAAGGAGAGGUGGCGUGGUCGGCAGACAUAGGAGCCAUGUUCAGCCGGAUCCGACUAGACGACGUGGAUCGACGCUACCUUCGAUUCCUCUGGCCGGAAGAGGACGGAACAUUGACAACAUGUGAGAUGACCCGGGUGACCUUUGGUGUCUCAUGUUCGCCCUAUACGGCCAUCCGAACGACCUGGAGAGCAGCAGACGACGCCGCCGUAGACCAGGGUGAGGCGGCAGCCGCCAUCCGGAGGUACCUCUACGUGGACGAUUACCUGGAUUCCAGCAAGACCACUGACGAGGCGAUGCGCCGGGCGACAGCAGUCAACAAGGCUCUGAGCAGUGGCGAUUUCCAUCUGAAUCAUUGGGUGAGCAACGACGCACGCCUGCUGGAGCAGCUCUCGCUACCAGAUCCAAAGGAGAGCAGCGUCAACACGGUCAACCUUGGCGCUGACGACGCCGAGAUGGUCCUGGGCGUCACCUGGAGGCCAGCCACUGAUGUUUUGGGGUUUCGUGUCCGGUUGUCAGAGAUCAACUACACCCGGGCCGGGCUCCUUUCGAAGGUUGCCGGAUUAUUCGAUCCCCUUGGCGCCGCUGCUCCAAUCACCGUUAAGGCCAAGAUACGACUACGCCACCUUGGCGUGAAAGGCCUGAAGUGGGAGGAUGUGGUGACUGGUCCGGACCGUGAAUGGUGGGAGAGCUAUUUUGACACAAUGCAGCAGCUAAAGACGGUGGAAUUUGCCCGCUGCCUCUUUCCGGAUGAAGACCGAAUCGUCCGGACCGAACUGGACACUUUCGUGGACGCCUCUGAGGAGGCCUGCGCCGCCGUAUGUUUUAUCCGUAAUGUUUACCGUGACCACCGAGUGAUCGUGCGCUUCAUCAAGGCCGUGACAAAGUUGGCGCCGCUGAAAACAGUGUCCGUGUGCAAGUUGGAGCUGAACGCUGGACUUCUUGGAGCGCGUUUGGCCCGUUUUGUGGAAUCUUCAUUGACCCGGAAGAUCGCAGCGCGUCGUUUCUGGACCGAUAGCAGUACGGUGCGCAACUGGGUUCGAGCGCUAUCUGGUGACUACCAGGUCUACGUGAGCAAUCGUAUCGGUGAAAUCCAGACCCUAUCGGACCCUUCAGAGUGGCGUUUCGUCCCGGGAGUCCUAAACCCAGCGGAUGCGGCGACCCGCUCUCAACUGGAUGACCGGGCAAUCCCAGCGUGGUGGUUGGACGGACCACCCUUCUUGUAUCAAGAUGAGACGGCCUGGCCGCAAGACCUCCCCUGGACCUUGGAGAAGGCGGAGAUGCGUGGGGCCCGCGCCCAUGUGAGUGAUGUCGUGUCGGAGAAGAUAGUGCCAUUCGACUGGAAGACGGUGAAGAUAGCUGCCAGCGACGUGCCUACUCUCAUCAGAUUAGAGAAUGACUAUCUCGAUCUCGUCCGACGGUGCCAGAGGGAGACCUAUCCCGAGGAGAUAAGCAGACUGGAGCGUGUUGCGGCUUGGAGGCCGUCUCAGCAGAGCGAAUUUACCGUACGAGGUUCUUCAUCCGCCGAUUCUGAAUGGCCGACAUCUGUUAGCGCGAGCAAUCAUCCGCGCCUUUCAUGA